CAGUAGGAUCUCCACAGAGCAUGAAGACUCCAAAGAAAACAACAGCUAAAUGCACAUAACUCAUUUAAUAUACUAUUAUUUCCAAGAUAGUGCUUUUUAAAGGUUACAUCCUCAGAGAAACGGUCCGUAUUUUUUUUAUUGAGGUGGAAACAAAAACAAAAUACUACCGGAAGUGCUCCUGUUUAACUCUGGCUAGCUUGACACUGGUGUUUGUAUCGAGUAAUAAGGAUCCCCAUUGGUCUAGUGCUGGUAGUGGAAGACCAAGAGGUUUUUUAUCCAUCAUGGAGGCUGUAAUUGACCUUCUGCAGAUGUUGCCCAUCAAGGCCAGUGGAUUGUCCAUGUCACUCAGCCUCUUCCUCAUCUUUCUGGCUCUUCUCUACUGGUAUUCAGUUUCCCCCUUUUCGGUCCUCUCUCGAUGUGGAAUCAAACAUCCCAAGCCAUUACCGUUCUUUGGCAACAUGUUCAUGUUUCGCCAGGGUUUUUUUGAACCUUUGAAUGAUCUCAUAAGGACACAUGGGAGAGUUUGUGGGUACUAUUUGGGCCGGAGACCAGUGGUGGUAGUGGCAGACCCCGACAUGCUCAGACAAGUGAUGGUCAAGGAGUUCAGCACAUUCCCUAACAGAAUGACUAUUCGAUUUUCCACCAAGCCCAUGACUGACUGUCUGCUGCUGCUUAGAGACGAACGUUGGAAGAGAGUCCGCAGCAUCCUCACUCCAUCCUUCAGUGCUGCCAAGAUGAAAGAGAUGGUUCCCCUCAUCAAUACAGCCACAGAUGCCCUCAUGAACAACUUGAAUGCAUAUGCAGAGUCAGGAGAGGCUUUUGACAUCCACAGGUGUUUUGGUUGCUUCACCAUGGAUGUCAUUGCAAGUGUGGCAUUUGGGACACAGGUGGACUCGCAGAACAACCCAGAUGACCCUUUUGUCCACCAUGCCCAGAAGUUCUUCUCCUUCAAUUUCUUCAGGCCCAUCUUUCUCUUAUUCAUUGCCUUUCCUUUCAUCAUGGCUCCUCUGGCGGGUUUCAUCCCCAACAAAAGACGAGAUGAGAUGAACAAUUUCUUCAUCAGCUGCAUUCAGAAGAUUAUCAAGCAGAGAGAUGAGCAGCCUCCUGAACAGAGGCGCCGAGACUUCCUCCAGCUGAUGUUGGAUGUGCGGAGCAGCAAGGAGUGUGUGUCUCUGGAGCACUUUGAUGUGGUGAACCAUGCUGAUGAGCUCGAUCACACACACCAACAAACACACCAGUCAGCCUCAGAGCAGGACAAUGACUAUCAUCAGCCACAGGUGUCACACACCAAACAUCCACAGAAGAGGAUGAUGACGGAGGAUGAAAUUGUGGGCCAGGCUUUUAUCUUCCUGCUGGCAGGCUAUGAAACCAGCAGCAACACGUUGGCCUUCACCUGCUACCUCCUGGCGAUCCACCCUGAUUGUCAGAGCAAAGUACAGGAAGAGGUGGACCAUUUCUUCACCAGACAUGAGUCACCAGAUUACACUAAUGUUCAGGAGCUGAAGUAUUUAGACAUGGUUAUAGCUGAGGCGCUACGUCUCUACCCACCUGGAUUCAGGUUUGCCCGUUCUAUUGACCAUGACUGUGUUGUGAACGGCCAGUUCCUCCCCAAAGGAGCAACACUGGAGAUCCCAGCCAGCUUCCUACACUAUGACCCAGAAUACUGGCCCGAGCCUGAGAAGUUCAUCCCCGAGAGGUUCACGCCAGAGGCCAAGGCCAACCGGCAUCCAUUCGCCUACCUGCCAUUUGGGGCCGGCCCCCGUAGCUGUGUGGGAAUGAGGCUUGCCCAGCUGGAGAUGAAGAUGGCACUUGUGCGUUUGUUCCGCAGGUUCAACGUUGUGACCUGCUCAGAGACCAAGAUUCCUCUCGAGCUGAAGUCUUCCAGCACCCUUGGACCUAAAAACGGCAUAUUUGUGAAAAUCACUAGAAGAGACCUGGGAGAAGAUCAAGGGAAUCCUACCACCAGAUGAUUACAAGCUCACUGUUCCUCUGAAGUUAAACUUGAAUGUACUCAGUUUAUAACUGAGUGUGUGUGAUAAUGCAAUUGUUUCUCUGAAACUUCAUACAUAUUUCAGUCACUGUGACCAGCAAUGGUUGAUUAAAGGAAAUUUGAAAUCCCUGCUUUAAGAGGUGUAAAUAAUUUCAAAUGAUUCAGAUGUGUCUUAUGUGGAAUAAAAUCAAGUGAUGGUGAA